CCGCCACGUUCCCGGCUGCGACGUGGGCUGUGCAGGAGGAGCAGGAGGUGGGGCGCGCGCUGCAGCCGGAUCCGGAUCCGGUGCUGGGUGCCCGCUCGGGGAGAAUCUGACGCGCCGGGAGGGGAGCGCCGUCUGCCGGGCCUGUGCGACCUCAUUGGAAAGAUGAAACCUGAUGAAACUCCUAUGUUUGACCCAAGUUUACUCAAAGAAGUGGACUGGAGUCAGAACACAGCUACAUUUUCUCCAGCCAUUUCUCCAACACAUCCUGGAGAAGGCCUGGUUUUGAGGCCUCUAUGUACUGCUGACUUGAAUAGAGGUUUUUUUAAGGUACUGGGUCAGCUGACAGAGACUGGAGUUGUCAACCCUGAACAAUUUAUGAAAUCUUUUGAGCAUAUGAAAAAAUCUGGGGAUUAUUAUGUUACAGUUGUGGAAGAUGUAACCCUAGGACAAAUUGUUGCUACAGCAACUUUGAUAAUUGAGCACAAAUUUAUCCACUCCUGUGCUAAGAGAGGAAGAGUAGAAGAUGUCGUUGUUAGUGAUGAAUGCAGAGGAAAACAGCUUGGCAAACUGUUGUUAUCAACUCUUACGUUGCUAAGCAAGAAACUGAACUGUUACAAGAUUACCCUUGAAUGUCUACCACAAAAUGUUGGUUUCUAUAAAAAGUUUGGAUAUACAGUGUCUGAAGAAAACUACAUGUGUCGGCGUUUCCUAAAGUAAAAAUCUUACAAGAAAGAGAAUCAUCAAAGGAGUUAAUGCUGUAAGGCUUACUGUUCCUAGUUAAAACAUUUCUGUUGCUGCAACCCAGUGACAUUCAUAAAUUCUGGACUGAAGAAACACUGUAAUAUUAUAAUUGUAUUAUUAGAAGAUUGCCUUGGGUUGGUGGGACAUGCUGUCAGUUUCGAUUACAAAUGACUUAUAAAAGGGGUGAUUUUUAACCAAAGGAAUAUAUUUUUAACUUGAAUCUUUUCUUGCAUUGUAUUUUUCUAAAGUUCGGCUUAAUUUCCUGGUAGUCAAGAGUAUGGGUAGUGAAGGGUUACAUGUCUGCUGUCUGUGCUACUCAUGAUUUUUAAAAAAGUAUAUGUUGAAUAAGGCUGUUUCCUGUUACAUUCAUAAAAUUAAGUAUUUUUGUUUGAAAGUAACAUCUACAUAUAUUUAAGUGUAAUUUCUCGUAUAUUACACAAAAUUGGAAAAAUUAUCUAUGAAUUUGUGACUCUAAUAUUUGAUGAUCCUAAUAUUGGCAACCUGGGUAGCUUUUUAAAUAGAAGAAACAACUUGUAAAGUGUGAGAGGGUGCAAAGUCCACAACUUAAAUGUUUUACUAAAGGUUUUUAUCUGUAGACAAUGUACCACCAUCUCAUGUCACGUGUAAGAAUUUAUUAAAAUUACCUAACAGCAUAUAGAGUGGGGCAGCCUGAGGUACUUUAAAACAGUGACUUAGCAGCUCUCAGCAUAGGUACUUUCAUCCCAUUUGUUCAUACUAUGGGCACCCGAAGCCAUUCUUCUGAGUGAACUAACAGAAUUAAGUGGACUGCUUAAGAAUGUGUAGUAAUGCCUUUGCACAUCCUUGAAGUGAUGAUGAAAGCUUUUCUAUCUAAUGGGAUUGUAAUGAUACUAUUAUUCUGGUUGUUGUUGUUUUAUUUAUUUUAAUGAUUUUUUUAAAGUUGAAAAAUUAGAUACUUUAUCAAUGGUUCUAAUCUUUUGCAUUCCAUGUUACAUUAAACCUGUUUAUAUGAA